UCUCGCCCUCAGUCCAACGCGGUAAAACCUUCUCGAACAAAAUGGCGACAACUAUCUGUGUGUUCUCGUAGAAGAAAUUCACUAUAACAACAUGCGGAAAGUCGCGAUAUAUCCCGCCGACUUUGAUCUGUUUGACCAGGACAUCAAUCCAGCGGAAUAUGACUUUUUCAAAAAGCAUACUGAGACCUUUAAAACUUUGCUGAAACAUCAGGCUCGACUCCAAAAGCAAUCAGUCGUAACCGAGUUCGUCAAAUAUUCAUAUGAGCAUGGAGUUGGCAAAGGAAUCCCAAAGAAAGAAGCAUCAUCGUUCUCGUUAUAUCUAGAAGAAGCAAAAACAUACUGGGAGGACAACUUUGUAGAUGGAAGGUUUAGCAGUGCCAGAAAUAUUGUAGAAGAUGCAGCCAUCUUGGAAAAGAACAGACAAGCAUUGUCAUUUAUGGAAAAAUCAGGCUAUGCCAAAGAUCCAUUUGUCCAUAAAGAGACAAGGGAUGUCUUCAGGAGACUUUUCGGACAACCACAUGAAAAGGAAACCUAUAAAAAGGUUGUCUGCAUGUUUCCUCUGCACGUCAAGUUUGGUGGCACCAUAUGUCGUUAUCUACGGCGAUGGCUGGAUGCGCCACCAGUGACCCCCCCUGACCCGCAGCACCUCAUGAUGUCCCCCCUGUCUAAAAUGUUCAAAACCAAGGGGAGCUCCAUGAGCAAUAUUGAGAUUGACUUAAUUGAUCCUGAUUUGCAAAGAUUCAUGACCAAUGCUAUGAAAGGAAUAGAUCCUACCAGACCCAUGACCCCUAAGGAGUUUACUUACAGGACAGCUGAACUUGUGAAGCACUCUAACGAAAUGUUCAGGACACAGAGAUCCAGAGUGAAGACUAAGGGCUUACCUAAGAAUAGUGAGGAAAAUGCAGAGAACGACCAACAACCUGAUCCUCUGAGCAAAGAGCCAUUCCCUGCCCCUCUAAAUAAUCCUGAAAAAGUCACUCAGACAGAACCAGUGAUCGACGAGGUUGUAGGUGAUUUCAACUUCCUCCCGGAGUUGCUGCUGAGUAAACCACACCCAAACAAUCAGUUUGAGGAAAUGUUAAAGAGUCGCAAAACAGAGGAGGAGAUAUCUCAGGCUAAGCGCAAGGACCUUGCAGCUAUGAUGAACAACCUACAAGACCCGUCAGUCCGACCCUCAACACCAGGUGAUGAAACAACAGAUGUCAAGGAAACACUAAAGCUCCAUGCAUGUGCAAACUGUCGACGUGUUGAACAUGCACCCAAAACCUUUAAAAAGUGCCAGAGAUGCAGCGGCAAAAGAACAAGGUUCUACUGUAGCAGAAAUUGCCAGGCCGAAGACUGGGUUUCUAGACAUCGCCAGGAGCACCCCCUGAUGGGUGCAGACCCCCCCUAAGAUGCAGCCUGAACUAAGAGGAUCGACAGCCAAGAAAAUAUUUAAUCGAUGUUUUGUUAUUAAAAAGUCUUUACGCCUCUA